UCUGCACAUACAGAAGUAACAGAAGGUGGAUGAUCAUGAGCUGCUGAGGUAACCCUUUAGCGCAUCGCAACAAAGCAUGCCUUGGCGGGCGUGUAGGCGAUCUGUGCCAAUUUUACGGCACGGUUAGCCCACGGUCGUCUGAUCCGACGUUAUCUCAUUUCGGCAUACGACCUCGUAAAUGAAAAUGAUGGUUUAGUGUACGUAUCAGUGUGACGGUUCCGUUGUUACGUGGAAACAUGGAUAAGGGAAUGCACCAAGGUCCAUCUGCGGCGCGCGGCUCGUGCGGUCCCUACAACAGCGAAGUGUACGUGCGUAGGCCCGGAAAUACAACCAUCCAAGAACACGUUUCUAGCGGCGUAGACGCUGCGACAUACGAUUCGACGGACGAUGCUACGCAAGGCGACACAAGUUCCUGGGAAGCGAAUGACGAUUCGGAUCUCCAUCCGAACGUGCGCGACCGUAUGCGCAGAAAGCUGCGUUUCUUCUUCAUGAACCCUAUCGAGAAGUUCCAGGCCAAGAAACGUAUUCCUUGGAAGUUGGUGUUGCAAGUCGUGAAGAUUGCGCUAGUCACCCUACAGAUUGUGUUGUUCGGUACGAACAGCUAUUCGUACCAGCAGCAGCAUAGGGACACCACCGUAGCCUUGCAUCACAUCUUUCUCUUCGAUUGGGACAGUGUGCGUGAAAUCGCCAACUAUCCGCCCGCUGCCGGGCCGUAUGCAGUGUACACGAAGACGGAGUUCUACAGGCACGUUGACCAUGUCGUAAGAAGGUACUCCAACGUCACGACAGCGGCAAUCGGCUCGUUCGGUUACGACUCCCCGACAGGUGCUCUGGUCCCCCUCGUUUUCUGCAAGACCUACUAUCGCAAGGGCUACGUGUGGCCCUUUAACGAUACCCUAAUCUUUGACAACUACCCCGUGCGUCGUUGCCUAGCCGUGGAAGGACCUGAAGCGGGUAGCCCCGUUUGGCACAACUUCAGCACCGAGAGUUACCUCCGGGAGCAUAAUUUCUCCCUUAUCUUCGAGCGCCUCAUAAACGUUCAUUUAGAGUUUACCCUCAAGACGGUGUACCUUAAGAGUCUUAGCAAGUUUGAUUUGCCUGACUGCUACCGGUACAAUAUCACUAUAUCCUAUGACAACGAAGCCCACGACGGGCAGCUGUUGAUAUCGCUUGGCGUACAUUCAAGAAAGCUGGACUGCACCACCAAUGUGUUGUACACAGACUCUAACAAGAUAGCGUAUGCAUGCCUCCAGGCUGUCAAUGUAAUCGUUAUUGUUAUCUGUGCUUCCUCACUAGUGCUGUGUGUCAGGUCUCUUGUCCGUGGCCAAAUACUGCGAAGAAAGACGGUAAAGUUCUUUGCAAAGUACUACAAGAAGAAGCUUACCCUAGCCGACGAGAUGGAGUUCGUUGAUUUCUGGUACGUAAUGAUUGCCAUCAAUGACGUUCUCAUCAUUCUGGGCUCCUGCUUGAAGAUACAACUGGAGCAGCGCGUCUUAGAUGGUCAGCAAUACAACUUGUGCUCUGCACUUCUCGGAACUGGAAACCUUCUUGUCUGGGCCGGAGUGCUGCGCUACCUGGGCUUUUUCAAGAAGUACAACAUCCUCAUCCUAACGAUGCGUCGGGCGUUCCCCAACAUCUUACGCUUUCUACUCUGCGCACUGCUUCUGUACUGUGGUUUCUGUUUCUGCGGUUGGGUAGUCCUGGGGCCGCACCACAUCAAGUUUCGCUCGCUCAGCAUGACCUCCGAGUGUCUGUUUGCCCUCAUGAACGGAGACGACAUGUUCGCCACGUUUGCCAUCCUGUCGGAGACCGACGGCAUCAUCUGGUGGUUCUGCAGACUCUACCUCUACCUGUUCCUGAUUCUCUUCAUCUACUGCGUCCUCAGCUUGUUCCUCUCGGUGAUCAUGGACUCGUACGAGACGAUCCGUGAAAUACACGAGCACGGCGCGCAGCCCGGUGAGCUGCAAAAGUUCAUCUCCGAAUGCAGCGACACGGCCACGAGCACGGCUUACCUGGAGGAUGACCAUUCGCCGAAGCGAAGCACGGCGAAUGUUAUAGCCGACUUCUUUCGGUGCUUUCGCAGGAGAGGUUACACUGCUAUAUGAUGCUUCAUGGAUUUUACUCCGUGGUCCAAUGAAGCUAGUGCUCUUGUUUUUAUUUAAAUGCAAGAUAUAGAGGAAUUGACUUUUUGCGGCCCACCGUGACUGUUAGUACUAUCACGUAUAGCACUGGAAUGAAUCUCUGUUGAUUGACCUUGUAAGUGAUUAAUGUUACGGUACCAUUGACAAGAAUAGGGUUUUAUUAAUGUUUUACUAGUAGCUGUCAGACUGCUGUAAGCAGUUAUUACACGUAGUGAGUACUAUAAACACACAAGACUGAUUGGUGCACAGUGAUGUUUCAGUUCUUAUUGUUCGUCAUCAUCUCGUUCACGCUUGUUGAUGUCAUGAUAUAAUGUGGCAGCUGCCGUGUUUUCUUUAUAAAUGCUGCUAUGUGUGCAUCAUAGCAACUAGAUUUGUGAAUAGUUGGUAAACAAGGACAACAAUUUUAUGCUGUAUGAAUUGUUACGUGGGCUUGCAAAGUGAGCUUUGUUCACUCGUUAAUGUUCCUGACAACCA